UCGCUCAUCGAUCGAUCUCUCUUCGUCUCUUUGACGACAUGGAAAAUAUGAAACGAAUGGUGAACCAAAUAGCGUACACCCGCCGCCGAGAUUUCUCCAACCUGCCCCCAUUGCAACGCUCUCUCACCCCUUUCCUCUCCUUCGCCUCCUCUCUCUACCGUUUCAUUCUUUCCGUCCGCCACCAACUCUACCACUUGGGUUUCUUCCAAAAGCACAGGUUGCAGGUUCCGGUCGUCAGCGUGGGUAAUUUGACCUGGGGUGGAAAUGGGAAAACGCCCAUGGUUGAAUUCAUCGCUCUCUGCUUCACUGAAGCCGGAUUUUCUCCUCUCAUCCUUACCAGGGGUUAUGCUGGUGGUGAUGAAGCUAAAAUGCUUCAAAGGCAUCUCCUUCGGACCCCAGCAAAGAUUGGUGUUGGUGCUAACAGGGCUGUCACCGCUGCUUGGUUUUUCAAACGUUACGGUUACACCAAUCCCCGUAGUAGUGGCCAUGGAGUAGAUAUAAGCUUCAACUCUGAUAAAAUCGGAGCUGUAAUUCUCGAUGAUGGAAUGCAGCAUUGGAGCCUAGAGCGAGACCUGGAAAUUCUGAUGGUAAACGGGAUGAUGCCAUGGGGAAAUGGUCAUCUAAUUCCACUGGGACCUCUGAGGGAACCCUUGACAGCAAUUAGGAGAGCAGAUGUUGUGGUUGUCCAUCAUGCUGACAUGGUAUCUGAUAGAGAUCUCAAAGAUCUCGUGUUAAUGAUGCAAGAAGUCAAGGAAAAUCUUCCUAUAUACUUCACCAGAUUGGCUCCUACACACUUCUUUAAAGUGAAAAACUGCUAUUCCAAACUCCCGUUAAAGGUGGUGUGUGGUAUGGUAGUAUUAUGUGUUUCUGCCAUUGGUUUUGCUAAUGCUUUCAUACAAGUGAUUGCAAAGAUAGGACCUAUAUAUGUUGAUCAACUAGACUUCAGUGACCAUCAUUUAUUUCAAGCCAAGGAUACUGUGAUGAUCAGAGAUAGACUUAGAAAACUUCAGGAUGAAUUUGGUACCAAGCCAAUUGUUGUGGUGACAGAGAAGGAUUAUGAUCGGGAUCCAAAGUUUCUAAAAGAGCUGGCUCCUUUUGAAGUUCUGGUACUCUGUUCCCAAUUACAUAUCAUGCCUUCAGUGGUACACACACAGAAAAAUUUCAAGAAAUUGUUGAAACAGAUUUUGAAGAUUAACUCUGAGUGAGGUAAACAUACCAUUAGUUGUAUGGGCUUGUACCAUUC